GUUUAUGUGUCAAGUAACAUCACCGACAUAUUCCUAGACUGGAGCCUCAGCUUCCAACUCAAUGGAGAUUUAAAAGAAUUUGUUUUUAGGACAGAGCCUUUAUAGCGGAUUUGAUAGCAGUGUCUAUCUACAAAGAAACAUGGACAAUAGGUGUCAACCUUAUAUACAGUAUGUGUACAAGUGAACAGCAGAUCCACAGAUAUGAAUCCCUCAGUGAAGUACUUGCCAUGGACUUUCUCUGCAGCUUUAUUCUUUGAGGUGACAUGUACUACGGAUGUGGGAACAGUGAGCAGUCCAAUAAUUAAAUUCAAAUCAGCAACAGGAGUUGCUCCUUCACAGCCAUUUCCGAGUGCAAAGAAUGGAACGGAGGCAAGAGGGAAAACCUUCUACACAGAACUGUGGUUUAUCAUUCUCAUGGCCCUUUUGGUGUUGUUACUGUUGGCCAUCUUCCUGUCAUUGGUUCUUCGAAAAAAGAUAAACAAACAGCCUUAUCCUCGAGAACGACCGCCUUUGGUCCCAGUUCAGCCUAGGAUGUCUCCAUCAAGUGCUUACACACAACAUGAGACUUAUGCGUGUGAUCUUGUGGCUGAUUUAUCCGGCUCAACAAACUGCAUCACAUUAAAAAGUUACACAGCACACUCAGAGGGUUUUGUUGAACUGAAGGUAUCGGAACUGGAGACUAAUACCACCCCCAAUACGCCAGUGUUGGUUAGAAAACCAAGUCAGAUCAGCCACAGCUUUUCUCAGAAUUCACUGUACCGCGGUGCCAGCCAGUUUAUAUCUUCCCAUGAUGAAAAGUCUUUGGCAGAUGGCUCAUUAUGGGACAAUGCACUGCAAGGCCAUGACAGUGGGAUGUAUGUCGAGGAUGAAGAUCUGAUCAGCACUAUUAAAAGCUUCAGCACAGUGACAAAGCAAAACACAGCCUUCACCGACACUCCGUUAUAAGAGGAGAGAACUUCUGUGAAGAGACACAAGUGUUUGAUUUUAUUCAACAUGGCAAGAAAUGAACUGGACUGCACCUAGGGCAGCAUCAUACUAUGACUGGGUUUGAGACCAAAUAUAAUAAAUCUA